AUGGCAUCUAGCUCAUCUGACGAUGAAUUUAUUGCGUUAGAUAGCCUUGUAACUAAAAUAAUUACUAGAAAAAAAGUUGGUGUUCACUCUAUAAAUCGUGAGAGGGUACUUUAUGGUGAAUAUCAUCAUUUGUUCAAGAAGUUGACAGAUGACCCUGACCGCUUUUUUCAGUACACCAGAAUGAACCAUGAAACCUUCAAAUAUAUUCUAGAAAAAGUUAAACAUCUUCUAACUAAAAACUGGUGUAACCUUCACAGUCAGCCCAUUUUACCAGAAGAAAGAUUAGUCAUUACCUUGAGGUAUCUUGCUACAGGCUCAUCUUUCAGAAUGCUGUCAUUUUCAUUCAGGGUUGGAGCUUCUACUGUGGGAAAAAUUGUAACAGAAACAGUUGCUGCAUUGUGGAAAGUACUGCAACCAGUCCAUAUGCCUGUGCCCACGAAAGAUGAUUUUCAAAAGAUAUCUGAAGAUUUUAACAAUAUUUGGAAUUUUCCACAUUGCAUCGGCAGUAUUGAUGGAAAACAUGUACGCAUUCUUUGCCCUAGAAAUUCAGGGUCAAUGUUUUUUAAUUAUAAAAAAUAUUUUUCUGUGGUCCUACAAGGAGUAGCAGAUGCAAAUUAUAAAUUUAUAGUUAUAGAUGUCGGUGGAUACGGCAAACAAAGUGAUGGUGGUACAUUUCAAUCUUCGGAACUGUAUAAGUUGCUAUCGAAUAAACAACUGGAUAUUCCAGAACCAGCGUAUCUGCCUCAAACUACCUUAAAAGCACCGUUUGUACUAAUAGGUGACGAAGCAUACCCCUUGCUUCCCUAUCUUUUGAAACCAUUUGGUGGAAGAGAUUUAAAUUUUGAGAAAGAGUGCUUUAAUAAACGUUUAUCUCGUGCAAGGAAAACUAUUGAAUGUGCCUUUGGUAUCGUGAGUGCUAAAUGAAGACUACUUUUAAAGUGCAUUGAAACUGACAUAGCUACUGCAGAUCAUAUAAUUAAAUGUAUAUGUAUUCUUCACAACACUAUAAUAGACAGAGAAGGAUUUGAACGACAUUUGACAGAUGUAAGGUUAAAUAUUCCUGAUCACAAUAGAUGGCAAGUAACAGGACGACCAUUAAAUGAAGCCAAAACGAUUAGAGAUAUAUUUGUAACAUAUUUUUCCAACAUCACUCUGUCAUACGAUAAAUAAUAAUCUAUUUAUUCAUAUUUUUAGAGAAAUAAAAACAAUAAUAUUAUAAUAAACGAAAUAAUAGAUAUAUAUUUUCAUACGUACCAUCCUCUUUCAUUUCUUCAGCAAUUUCUUUCCAACAUUUGUCAACAACAUUUCUAUUGCUGUGUAAUUUACUUUUCUUAUCCCAUAUUGGGCAUUUCUUAUACACUGAUGCUAUUAA